AGUGCAUGUUUAGUUGCCAUAAAAAAAUAUUGGAACGUCAACAAACAUAUGCCACGAAAAAAGUUAUUCCCAUUUGUCGAAAUAUGAUUAAGUAAAAAGGGCACUAGCGAAGAAUCUGAAACGCGUUUAGACCAGAUAUCGAAAUUAUUUGAAGGCAACAACAGGAAAGCCUCUGGAAUCUUCAGAAAAGCUCGACACUUGAGUGACGUGGACCUGGGACAUUUGUUGUUAUUCGUUGUUGAUUAGAAAAACAGCAUGUCCGCCAUAAGGAGGAAGCCAACGAGCAGCCAUGCCGACCAGGAGUUGCUCAUCGAGGGGCAUCCAAAGAAUGAGAAGGAAAAGGAGGAGCAGAAACCAGAUAUUCGUGGCGAUCGGCGGAAUAUAGCCAUACUGUUGUUUCUGUAUGUGCUGCAGGGAAUACCCAUUGGCCUGAUAGCAGCCAUUCCCAUGCUGCUGCAGAAUCGAGGAGCCAGCUACAAACAGCAGGCGGAGUUCUCCUUCGCCUACUGGCCAUUCAGCCUGAAGCUCCUGUGGGCCCCCAUUGUGGAUUCCCUGUAUGUCCGGCGUUUUGGCCGCAGGAAAUCCUGGCUAGUCCCGGUGCAGUACCUCCUUGGUGCCUUCAUGCUGCUCCUGUCCCUCCACGUGGACCGCUGGCUGGGCGGGAACGGUGUGGAUCCGAAUGUUCCCCUGCUGACACUGCUCUUCUUCCUGCUCAACUUCUUGGCCGCCACCCAGGACAUCGCCGUGGAUGGCUGGGCCUUGACCAUGCUGAAGCGAUGCAAUGUCGGCUAUGCCUCCACCUGCAAUAGUGUGGGACAAACCGCCGGCUACUUCCUGGGCUAUGUGGUGUUCAUUGCCCUGGAGUCGAAGGAUUUCUGCAACACCUAUCUGAGGGAUGUGCCGCUGGAGGAGGGCAUGAUCACGCUGCCCCGCUUCCUCUGGUUCUGGGGCAUCACUUUUGUGGUGGCCACCACACUAGUGGCCAUUUUCAAGAAGGAGAACGACAUCGAAGACGCACAUAUGGACGCCCGAUAUACGGAGGAGCACGAGCUGAACAUCCACGACAGCUACAAGAUCCUGUGGGACAUGGUGCGCAUGCGACCCGUCCAGAUCCUGGCUGCAAUCCUGCUCACCGUGAAAGUAACCUUUGCCGCCUCGGAUGCGGUGACCAGCUUGAAGUUAAUCGACGCAGGAGUGCCCAAGGAUAAGCUCGCCUUGCUGGCCAUUCCCCUCAUUCCGCUGCAGCUCAUCCUGCCGCUCGCAGUGGGUCGCUAUACAAAUGGACCACGUCCCAUGGACGUUUAUUUAAAGGCUAUUCCCUACCGAAUCAUCAUGGCCACUGUGGCCACGGGUUUGGCCUACGUCACACCGUACAUCAUCCGCGGAGGAGAAGUGCCGGUUUACUACUACGUCCUGCUUAUCACCAGCUAUGCCAUCUACCAGGUAUUCCUCUACUCCAUGUUCGUGGCCGCCAUGGCCUUCUUUGCCAAGAUCUCUGACCCCGCGGUGGGUGGCACCUACAUGACUUUCCUGAACACGCUGUGCAAUCUGGGCGGAAAUUGGCCCAACACUGUGGUUCUCUGGCUGGUGGACGUGCUCACCUGGAAGCAGUGCUCCACUGAUGCGGAAAACACCUGCCAGGGCAAGGAGCAGCAACAGAGCUGCGAAGCGUCGACUGGCAAGUGCGAGAUCACCUUCGACGGCUACUACUUGGAGUCCGGCAUCUGCGUGCUGUACGGCAUUGUGUGGCUGCUGCUGGUGCGAAAGUGGAUCGUCUAUCUGCAGGACCUGCCCGUGCGAUCCUGGCUGGUGGUCAAGCAGAAGGGACGGUAGCAAUCAAUAGUGUGAUCCGGAGCCUGAUCCUCAGCAAGAUCUCGCACCGACCCGUAGGUACAAGCAACUAAUUCUAGGAUUAGGAGACGUUUGCAUUCUGUAGGCUAGCGCAAUUGAAAAUUCCCGCCUUGGUAUUGUUUUUUGUAUAACUCAAAAUGAAUUCCACAGGAAAUAAAAUUAAAUGUUGAAUUGA